CCACAACUUAGCUCAUCAGGAUACAGGAAGGCCGAAAAGUCAAACCACCCUUGGGAACCAUGGACGGCGGGUUCCUAUGGCUAUAAACCUAAAAGUUCUUUAAGGCACCGUUGUUUGUCUACUUGGUUUGGUUUGGCUUUUUCUCUCCCACGAAAUGAAACCUACCUAGCGCGUCGUGCUUCUUCAUUUCUAAUCUAAUGCGGUAUAAGCCAAGCAUCGAGCGCUACUGAAUUUACCGCUGAUCUCUCCAUACGGCGCAAUGGGCAUUUAUUACCGGAUAGAGGAAAGGGACACUGAGGAAAGAAAAAGGUGGUUUUAGGGUGCAAAAGCUUUGGUGAAUCUUCCCACACAUCCUCGCAUUUCUGGGUCUGAGCCGCAUCUUUUCUUUCUGAUCUGCUACUUCGUUCUGUUGAUUUUCGCCUCCCUGGUAUUUGGGCGCUUUCAUAUUUGCUGGCUUCGUUCAUCAAAGUGACAGCCACAUUGAUUUGCUCUCCUCACCAUUUCCAAGAUUAGAUGUCAUUCCGCAGUAUAGUUAGGGAUGUUAGGGAUAGUUUUGGGAGCUUUUCAAGGCGUAGCUUUGAUGUGAGGCUUUCCAGUCAUCAUCACAGGGGAAGAUCUUCUAAUGGUUCGUUCCAGGACUUAAGUGACCAUAUCAUCCCAUUAGUUGAGAACAGCUGUUGGUCAAAUCUUCCACCAGAGCUACUUUUUGAUGUAAUUCGUCGGUUGGAGGAGAGUGAGAGCACAUGGCCGACUCGUAGAUAUGUUGUUGCUUGUGCUGAAGUUUGCAGGUCUUGGAGGAACAUGUGUAAGGAAAUUGUUAGGGGUCCUGACUUGUGUGGAAAGCUUACUUUCCCAGUUUCACUCAAGCAGCCUGGAUCCCGUGAUGGAACCAUCCAAUGCUUCAUCAAGAGGGACAAGUCUAAUUUGACAUACCAUCUUUUCUUGUGUCUUAGUCCUGCUUUGGUGGUUGAAAAUGGGAAGUUUCUUCUCUCAGCAAAAAGAACACGUCGGACAACAUGCACAGAAUAUAUCAUAUCAAUGAAUGCAGAAAAUAUCUCUCAAUCAAGCAACAACUAUAUUGGGAAACUAAGAUCAAAUUUUUUGGGGACAAAGUUCAUCAUAUAUGAUACACAGCCGCAAAGCACGAGCAGUAGUGCUCACAUUCUUCCUGAACCAGGACGAACAAGCCGUAGAUUCUAUUCCAAGAAAGUCUCACCCAAAGUCCCUACAGGCAGCUACAGCAUAGCGCACCUCACAUACGAGUUAAAUGUGCUCGGAACGAGGGGUCCACGGAGAAUGCACUGUAUCAUGCACUCAAUCCCUUCUUCAGCACUCGAUGCUGGCGGCACAGUUCCGGGACAGCCUGCUGAGCUCCUCCAGAGGUCCCUCCUUGACGAUUCCUUUCGGACCGCCUCUUUCUCUAAUAAAUCUCUUCUAGAUCCUUCCGCUGAGUUCAGCUCUGCCCGGUUUUCUGACAUUGGAAUAGCAUCUUCAUCCAAUGAAGGCGAUGAUGUUGGUGGAAAGGUGAAGCCGUUGGUUCUCAAGAACAAGGCACCACGUUGGCAUGAACAGUUGCAGUGUUGGUGCCUUAAUUUUAGGGGAAGGGUUACUGUUGCAUCUGUGAAGAAUUUCCAGUUGAUUGCCGCCACCGCUGGUGCACCACAACCACCAGUACCUGGUGGUGGAGCACCCCCAACAGUGGCAGCCGCCUCGCAGCAGCAGCAGUCGCAAAGCCAGCCGUCAGAUCAUGAUAAGGUCAUUCUGCAAUUCGGGAAAGUUGGUAAAGAUAUGUUUACCAUGGAUUACAGAUACCCGUUGUCUGCAUUCCAGGCUUUUGCUAUCUGCUUGAGCAGCUUUGAUGCCAAAUUGGCUUGUGAAUAGAUGAAGAACAAGCAAAGACCACCUUCAUAUUAGAGGGGGUGUUUGAUUUAUUACGUAGAUGCUGUAAUUCCUGCUUGUAUUUUUCUUUUUCAUUAAAACUAGAACUUGUUGAAAUUGCUGUGACAUCUCAAGCUUUUGUUUUGUUCAGUCAUAACAUUUAUUUUUACUGGC